GCGGGCACCAAGUCGUCUGGCGGAACAGCGGGCAUCGAGUCGUCUGGCAAGACUGCGGGCACCGAGUCGUCUGGCAAGACUGCGGGCACCGAGUCGUCUGGCAAGACUACGGGCACCGAGUCGUCUGGCAAGACUGCGGGCACCGAGUCGUCUGGCAAGACUGCGGGCACCGAGUCGACUGGCGGAACAGCGGGCACCGAGUCGUCUGGCAAGACAGUGGGCUCCGAGUCAACAGGCACGACAGUGGGCACCGGGUCAUCAGGUAUCGGAUUGUCUGGCUCGACAGCGGGCAUCGGGUCACCAGGCAUCAGGUCAUUUGGCUUGCCAGCGGGCACCGCGUCAUCUGGCAAGGCAGUGGGCACCGGGUCACCAGGUAUGACAGCAGGCUCUGAGUCAAUUGGCACGACAGCGUGCACUGGAUCAGGUACCGGAUCAUCUGGAUCAACAGCGGGCAUCGAGUCAACUGGC